AUGCUUAUUGACUUGGGCCCUCCAAAAGGCUCAAUCAAAACAAAUGCUGCACACGAAAAUCAGGAAGCAUGCCCCUUACUCGUGGAAAAUGCCCGAGAGGAAGCACGACGAAAGGGAAACGACGAGAUGAACGCCAAGCAAAGUUCAAAGACACUGAAGAUUCUUGGUAGCGAACCAAUCAAAANCCAAGUAGCCGAUCUCUUACUGGUCUUACAUAUAACAAAGUUUGAUCAGAUUUUUUAUAAGCAAUUCUUCGAUCGAUUUGGUUGGCAAACAAACGAAGAUGACUACGAAAUAAUACAGGCGGAUCGUUUUUAUAACGAGCGAUCUGGCGAGUACGUUGACGAUGAUUACGAUUCAAGUGAUUCAUUUAUCGAUGAUCGCGAUGAGGAGGAUGUUUCAAUUGGAACCUUCCAAGAUAGUUCAUCCCACGGCACUACGGAAACACAACAAACUGCAACCAGUAGUAAAUCUUCUGAAGCGGCAAACAGUAGCGGAAAAAAUUUGUUGAGAAAUGGUCAGACAAGUCAACAAUGGGUUAAGAACCGCGGUAGAGGUACAGUCGACGUACAACUCGAAUUUGGUGCACUCUCGUUUGCGUUUACUCAGUAUCGAGUCCAGAACCCGUACACACCCAACCGAAACGCCAAUCUUGAUUUUUUCGCCGAAAUUUAUCGCGUUCCGAAAGUAAUACUAAUGGCUAAUUCGAUCGCACUGAAUGUUCCAUUCGCUUGUUUGAGAGAAGCUUUGGAUAAAGCAGGCAGUCGAACUUUGAAAAUGUUCAGCGUUGGAAUUCCUCAUGAAUUAUGCGCUAACUUUCAUCCAAACAGAACACCAUUUCCAGACGUAAUUCGAAUCCUAGAAAAUAUGGCGUACUUCGUUAAUCCUGUUUGGAAGCAUCAAGACGUACAGUUACAUGUGAUGGUUGAUGUUUAUUUACCAGAUCGUAUCGCACGUCUGUUGGAUCGUGUUACGGUUGCGUUUACGGCUGCUGAGCAUAUCCGUAUACGGGUCGAAACGGCUAGAAUUACGGAUAGGCCAUUCUACAGAUGCCCACGAACACGCUGGGUUUACGCAAUCAGGUCACAACAUUUGCGUGUUCUUGAUCUUACAGUUGACGCUGUUGUAUCCCGGCUGCCGCAAGAAUUAUGGCAAAUGACGUGUCCAACGAUGGAGGAAUUCCAUCUAACUCUGUCUGGGAUUCGUUCGCCCCACAGCGGAUCUAUCAAGACCAAUUUGUUCAGUUUACUUACAUUCCUAACGAAUGAAUGCAUUAAUCCACGUAUGCAUACGAUCGUCUUCCAACUCAACGCACCAAUGUUUUUUACUCUCUCGGAAAAUUACCGUGAACUGAUGUUGCGCAAAGGAGAUCGUCGUCUACGCACUCUGGGUAUUGUCUGUAAACCGCCGUCACAGUGUCGUUCUGUACGAAUAAUGAAUGAGAUCGAGAAAUUGUAUGUGGCGUCAGCGAAACGACUUGAGCGUUUAAUAAUGGAUGUUCGGUUGCUUGGUGAAUUGGACUCGCAGCAGAUAGCGUAUCUGCAGGAUGUUUUAGAGAAGUGUCAGUUGGAAGCACGACUUGCGCCUGACGAUUGCAGAUACAUGGAUGUCGAUCAGUGUAGAGAAUCUUCUUCUCUAUUCGCACUUGAUUCAGAUUAUUGUGACGACUCAGAUGUGCACAGUGAAUCACCAUGCUUAGAUGAAGGUGGUGAUGAAGUUCUGCUGUGUUCGGACUAUUCAGAUCGUGUAAUUUUGCCAUUGGAUGGAGUUAGUCAAUCGUCAACGCAAGAAAUUUUAUUAACUCGAAAGGCGAAGAAAAACUCUUUUUUGCAAUCCUUAAUGAACUCCAAUUCUGAUGAGGAUGAAAAUGACGCGGACAAACCUGGACCGUCUGGACUGAAUCAGCGAGCACCACCAAAAAAUAACGAAUCACAGAAAUCUGUGACAAGACAAACUGGUUGUGUGAAUGAAAGCGGCGAUAUAUAUGAGAAUGAUCUUUAUUUGACGCCGAAAAAAAAGAGACGACGCCGAAGGAAUAUUGAUACUUCAGAUAGCGAUGAUGACAGUUGGAAUGAGGGUUCAGUCAGAAAACGGAUCUCAACCAAAUCAAGAAGCAAAAAUCUGAUUCCACUAUCGAAAAGUGUCACGAAACGUCGCAUAAAUCUUCGAUCGGAUGACAGUAAUGGAUUAUUACGUUGCAAACGAAUCUUAUCGUAUGAAUCAGAAACCGCCAAAAAACCACAGCAACAAAACAGCAAAAAUCGGAGGGAUCGUAACGAAGAUGUAGGCGAAGAGGAGGAAGAGAGCGACAGUCAUUCUUCGCAGUCAGACGAAUGGACACCGCAGAGUCGUCGAAGGUCGCCGAAAAAAUCAUCACGUCAUCGAAAAAAAUAG